ACAGAGCCAUACAGGUGAAAGUCAGAGGAAAAGCAGAACAGGUUCUUUGAGCUGGGUAUGAAACUGUAAGCAUGACAUAAAGGUGUUAGAAUGUCUCAAGUUCUCAAACAUUUCUUCAGGACAGAGUUGUCCCUGACUCUCCUGGGUCUAAGUCAGGAAUUGCUUAAAUAAGGUUGCCUAACGUUUGGGAAUCAAAUCUGGAGGGCGUGUAGAAAAUGUUCCAUCAUCUGCCCAGGUCAGGUGCACACAAGCUUAUGUUGGGUUUCCUGUUUACCUGCAUCACGAUGAUGUUGUACUGUUUUUCGACGCCAACAUUCCAAGGCAACACACCAAGAUUUCCAGUGCCAGCUCCAUGUGCAAAUAAAACCCCGCCUUCUCAAAAGAACAAGGGCUCGUUCUCUUCAAGUGAGGUGAAGCACUGUGUGCCAAAAGUGAACCUGAUGUUCUUAAAGACCCACAAAGCAGCAAGCAGCACUAUUCUAAAUAUUCUCCUGCGUUAUGGGGAGAAACAAAGGCUGACGUUUGCUCUCCCCAAUGGUCGCAACGAUUUCGCUUAUCCAGCUACAUUCACGCGCACGCACGUGAAGGAUUACAGGCCAGGCGCAUGCUUCAAUAUCAUCUGCAACCACAUGCGUUUCAAUGCUCCCGAAGUCGAAGCGCUUCUACCGGCCGAUGCGUUCUUCUUCACCAUCCUCAGAGACCCGGCUCUGGUCUUCGAGUCCUCGUUCCAUUACUUCAAAAGGGUUGUGCCCUUGAUAUGGAGGAUCCAUGGUGAGGAUAAACUGACAGAGUUUCUGAAUGAUCCCCAGCUCUACUUUAACUCAGAAGGCUUCAAUUCCUUUUAUCUGAAGAACCCUCAUUUUUUUGACCUUGGCUUUGACAACACAUUGGAGCCAGAGGAUCCGACAGUGGACAGUGCCAUUCAUGCAAUUGCGGAGCGCUUCCAGCUCGUCCUGAUUGCUGAACAUUUCGAGGAGUCACUCAUUCUGCUCAAGGAUGCACUCUGCUGGCAGAUGGAUGACUUGCUGUUCUUCAAUAUGAACACACGCAGGCCUAGUAGUGUGUCCCAGCUCACGCCCGAACUGAGGGUCAAGGCACGUGAGUGGAACAGCGUUGACUGGAAGCUCUACCGUUACUUCAACGCCACGCUCUGGGCCAAAGUGGACGCCUACGGGAGGGAGCGCAUGCAAAAGGAGGUGAAAAAGUUGCGCCAAAGGAACAGCGAGAUGGCAGCCAUCUGCAUUAGCGGUGGGAUGGCUGUGGAGGAUCAGGACAUAAGGGACCAAAGCAUGAGGCCCUGGCAGCCUGUUGGAGAGAGCUCUAUUUUGGGAUACAACAUGAAGAGCAACAUUGAGCCGCAAUACAGGGAGCUCUGCCGAAAGAUGCUAACGCCUGAAAUUCAGUACCUAACAGACCUGGGAGUAAAUCUGUGGAUAACCAGAUUAUGGGGCUGGUUUAAAGCUUUUUUAACAUUAUGAUUUAAGGAAAUAGUGUCAUGCUAUAACUGACCUCACAAUGUGUUUUAUUUUAUUGUUUUAAAUGCUAAAAUGCUAAAAUAUGGUUGAAACAUUUCAUGACUUACAGUGCCCUCCAUUAAUGUUGGCACCCUUGGUAAAUAUGAGCAAAGAAAGCUGUUAAAAUUGUCUUUAUUGUUUAACUUUUUGAUAUUUAACUUUUCUUCAAAAUAUUCACAAAAACACUCUGCUCUCAUGGAGAUCAAACAUAUUUUAUUUAACUUUGUACAAUAUAGGUGUACAACAGUUAUUGGCACCCCAUGAAUUCAUAUGAGAAAAAAUAUAUUUGAAGUAUAUUCACAUUGAUAUUUUACAUUUUAUUUUGUACACCUGGGUGACUAGGAACAGGAAAUUGUUCAACCAUGACUUCCUGUUUUCACAGGGGUAUAAAUAUGAUAAAUAUGAGGUAACGCAUAGGUCAAAUUCCCUUAGUCAUUCAUAACAAUGGGUAAGUCCAAGAACCCCAUAGAGAACCUGUGGGGUGAACUGAAGAGGAGACUCCACCAGCGUGGACCUCGAAAUGUGAAGGAUCUGGAGAGGUUCUGUACGGAGGAACGCUCUCAGAUCCCUCGCCAUGUAUUCUCCAACCUCAUCAGGCGUUAUAGGAGAAGACUCAGAGCUGUUAUCUUGGUGGGAGGGAGGUAGCACAAAGUACUGACUAAAAAGAUGCCAAUAAUUGUUGCACACUUUUUUGAUAAACCUGUGUUUUGUUUGCUAUUAUUUGAUAUCCAUGAGAGUAGAGUAUUUUUUUUUUUUAAUUUUGCACAAAAGAUCAAAAGGUUAUACAAUAAAACAAAUGUUCACAGCCUUCUUUGCUCAUAUUUACAAAGGGCACUGUAACUGGUACAAGAAAUGCCAGCCUUGCAGUAAAUUAGCACGUUUCAUAAUUAUUGUGUGUGUGUUUUAAAAGGUAAAAUAUUUUGAUAGAACCGAAGAUGAAAUUUCCUAUUGUCGCUAUUGUUUUAGAGAUAAUCAAGAGAAGGCAAAAAGCAUCUGGUCCACACAAGGUCCAUAAGCCUUUUCUUUCCCCACCUCUUUGACUGCUGCUGACGUUACCACCUUCUCUGAUGAGAUCUCAUUUGCCAAAGUCUGUCAGUUUCCCCCCUUCCUGUCCCUAUUCCUCAUUCUUCAUGCCACUAGUUCAGCCAAACUAUCAUCAGUAAUCUCCUUCUUGAACUCUCAGCAGCCUUCAACAUGGUCAAGUCUCUCCUGUCCUCCCAAGGGAAAGAAGCCUUGGAAUUGUUGUGUUGUGGAGAGGAUCCACAUCACAUCUGCUGCAUGCAGACUCUCCACUGGUGUUCCACAACGCUCAGUUCUCGGUCCUCUUCUAUUCUCCCCCUAAACCCGUUCUAUUGGGGAAAUCAUAUCCUCACAUAGUUUUCAUACCUCUGCUAUACUGAUGAUGCUCAAGUCUUUCUCUCCUCUUCAAAGUAGGAUGUUGUUUCGCUUACCCAAUGAUUCAGAUACAGCCCUGCUCAGAUCACACCAUCUGACAACGCAGGCAACCUUGUGGUACUUCUGUUCAACCAACUAUCCUUCUGUCUUCAGGUUGCUAACCUGACUCUGUCAUUCGAAUUUCAACGUCAUGAGGAUUUCCACAGACAUCACUCAGGUGCUUGUUUAGAGCCCUACUCUAGCUUUUCCACAGCCGAGUCACCAUCUGCAUUCACACAAACAUGGAAGACCUACCUCCUCGUUAAGCAUGUAAAUUAGCACUUAUUAAAAAAAAAACUUGACCUGUACUGUUUUUUUUGUUUGCUACCAACUUGUUAUGCUAACUCCUUAGAGGAGUUAGCACUAAUUAAAGAGAACUCGAUUAUGCUGUUUUUGUUGCUGUAUACACUUGUGCUAACUCCUCAGGGGCAGUUGUGGUUCAGUGUUUAGGGUCCUAGAAUGCUGCUCAAAAGGUUGCGCUCUUCUCUAUCAUGGUGCUCUAUCAGGGCAGGGUGCACCCUGAUCCUAGCUUACUGACAAGCUGGAAGACAUGAAGAAAUUUACAUGAAGAAUUUGACUGGACCAUACAUAUGUGUGACAAUAAAGGCUUUCUUUUCUUUCUUUCUGUUUCUUCUCUCACAGCAUUUUAGCUGUGAGACCCUUAUUUCUGUAAGCCAUACUGGAUAAGGGUGCCAACACAUGAUCAGAACAAACAGAGAUAAGAAGAAAAGAGGCCUAUUAGGAAAUAUGUCAUUUUUUGGACCUUAAUACUUGUGUUUGGUUGAUCAUAUGUUCAUGAACUAUCUGAUAAGGUGUAGCAUGUGGUAUGAUAUAGAAUUUUGAGGAGAACCCUACAUUCAGGAAGAGGAACCACCAGGUGGUGUGCACCAGCAUUAAGUCACUGUGAAAGCCUUCAAUUUUUUUCUCAAUGCUGCUCUGGGACAGUGUUACACAAUUAUAGUCCUUUUGGUGGGCCAUAGACAUUCAGUAUACUUAUGGUUCUGGCUUCGUUUCAUUAGUAACCUAUAUUCACAGGAUCUACACCAGUCUAAGACAGGAAACACCUGCUAGAGCAGUUAAAGAAAUUACUAUAGACAUUGAGGUCAGAAAGAGUGGGUCAGCAGAUCCAGAUUUAAACGGCAAUCACAAAUUAGGUUGCAUGCGAGUGCUGAAAGGGGUAAUUAAUAUGUAAAUGUACCGUAUACACUCUGAUAUGUUGUUUUAACAUUGGAAAUAAUUUCCAUUUAAGUUUCCCCAUAGUGAGUAUGUCAGUGAUCAUAAUGUUUUUGCAGUACAGUGCCUUCUGUGCCAUCACCAGAUGAGUCAGUUCCUUAAAGUAGCACAUCAGUUAUGUUUUACUUGUUGUACCUAUUUCAGGAACUGAAUCAUCUGAUGACAGCACAAAUAACAAUGCAGUGGACCGUGAGGAGAAUGGCCCAUCAGUAAUUCCUAGAGAAACUGGACUAUUCUACUUUUUUUUUUUUUAACUUUAGUGCUUUAAGUGGUUCGUCUUAGAUUACAUAAUCGUCAUCAUUGACAAUUGAGCAUGUUAUAGAAGCAGUGGUGGCUUGAGGCGUUCUCUUAGAAGCCCAACAGUGGUUCUCUGGAAGCUCUGAUGAUUUGACCACACAAUCUUAUGGUCAUUGAGCCAUAAUCUUAACCACUUAAGCCACAUGGUUUGUGAAUGUUUUCAAGUUCAGAUAUAAGUGAACAUAAUCUAUGGGCAAACAUAACAGUUUUCCUGCAUUUCACAGACAGUAGCAGACAAUCAGCUGAAGGUGAGAAUGACUCUGAGAAAAAAACCAAAAAAAACCCCAUCUUCCAACGAAAUCUAAUCAAGUGACCGAUACACCGAACACCAUCCAAUGAAUGUAAAGUCACCAAAUCAGAAAUAACUUGGAAAACGUUAUUGGUGUGUGGGUUUGAAUUUGUAACUAAUGAGCUGUCAGUUAGAUAAGUGUAUAAAAAAACAUGGAUAAUCAUAAAAACACACUGUAUCAAUGAAAAGAACAUUUUUUAAAGAAGCCAAAGAAUGGGAAGCCAAAGAAUGUUCAUUUUCGUAAUAAAUAAAAACUCCCAACUAAAAUGAGCCAAAGAAGUCUCAGCAUGCUUGACACGUUUGAGCUUGUUAAAGAGCUGGACUUGGUGGAUGAGUUUGUGAGGUGAAAACCAAGAAAGAAGACUGCUUUCUGCAUAUCACAGAGCCGACUCGAACACAUAUAAUGGCUGAUAUGUUAUGUAGGAACGUAUGCAUUUUACUGUGCAUGAGUUGGGUUGUGGGACAAAACGAUCAGGGCUCUAUGUAUUGGUUCAAGCAUAGCAGGGUUGGGAGGAGAGCCUUGCGUUGAUUUCUGGCAAGGAUACCAGAAUUUACUAAUCCAUUCCUGCCCUUAAAACUUCUACAAACUACAUACUGUAAGCUAUACGUUAAAAGCUGUAGUCCCCACUGGAUAAAAGCACAAGACUUACUGGUUCACCAGUGUCCGGCUGCAAAUUGUUUUUAUCCCAGCAGGAUAUCCGAUGCAUUAGCAUUGUUUGUGCAAAUUUACUGCCAAGUUGCAACAUGGUUCCUGAAAUUGACUUAAGAAAAGACCAUGGAGCAUACUAGGAGAAAAUAGCUCAUUUUAAAGACAUGUCCCAGUGUUCUGUGAAGUGACAUGACAACAUGACCGUGACAAAUUAGUCACUACAUCGCUGCACAUGAACUGAAUUGGUGUGAAUGGAUAUGAUUGAAUGGAGAGUACAGUCAUCAUAUGGCUGCUGUUAACAUGCUGGAGACUAUCAUUUCCCUAUAUAUUGGAUCAGGAUCAGACUCAAGGAUUGUGGAAUAAAAUUCAGAGGCAUUUGGUAAAUGGAGUUCAAACAAUUUGAGUAAAAAGAAAUCAUGCAGUACAUGUAGAAAUAUACUGUACUACCAGCUGGACGCUGAGGAUGGCACCAAGGAGUCAGAAGACUGCAUAUAUAUAAAGCUUAGUAUCAGAUGACGUAAAUAACUGAUAAACUUUUAAUGAAACAUUUAAUAAAACGACACUUACAUUUUUUACAUUUCUGACGAUUGUAUAUUUUUCGCCGAAAUACACGGAUCCGUGUGUCUUUAAAGGGCAACGGCCGUUUCAGUUCUAACCAAUAGAAAUCAAGAGCAGCCACCUUUUCGCGUCCUUAUUGGAUGACUGUAAACAAAGCGCUGUCCAAUCAAUGAUGGUUUCCGGCCGGAAACAAACUGUUGUCCUGUGAGCGCGCCUUUUGGCUGCGCACGCUGAUUGGGUGCGCUCCAAACCAGCUCGCUCCUCCCUGUAUAGGUCUACUACAUAGGGUGUAAAAUAACUAAAUCUACACCCUAUAUAGUGCAAUUUGUAUGAAUAACGGCCCGAUUUGGGACCGAGCCCUGCUCUAGUCAGACUGAGGGGAGCCUGGAGCACUCUGCCUGCUGCCGUGCCGAGUAAGCAGUCUGGCUGAGGCUGCGCUGCAGCCCGAAUGGGGCUCCCGGCCCCACGCCAGUAAUAUCAGUCCGAAUUAGCUCAGUGUGGAUUGUAAUCUGCAGCACUGACUACUGACGAUCUCUUUGAGGUUUUUUUCUUUCUUUCCGGAGCGUUUUCAUAUUCCACACACAGGGCUGCAUUUCACUCUUUGAAGCAGCUCUGAAAAGCAGUCGGUGGUGGAAACUUGGGUUGAAACAGGACAAGAACAAGAUUUUAACUCAGAAAUCUCCAAUCCUCUGCAGUGCAAGAGCCGCUCGUGCAGACCGACAAUCAUGCUUCCUGCUGCAGAACUGAACUGACAGGAGCGAUGGAGGCUCCCAAGAGGGUUAACAUCUGGGCCCCUGUGCAGGCCAGGGCGAUGGGGAGCCACAGCGAAAACUCGACAUUCCUUCAGCCUGAUGUAGGAUAGAAGUGGUUCGCUAACAUGGGGUCUCCUUUAACGGAGUCCGAAGAGCCUCCCUGUAUAAUUUCCUUUCCUAAAUUGUGUAUAUUCUCAUUUUUAUGCUGUGUGGUAAAAAUGAAACAUGACUCUGGGGCCGUUUUCCUCCCCGUCUGUGUGAUUUUUUUAAUACUAUGAUAGAAAUGCUCGGGACUCUAAGCCUUGAUGAUAAGUUUCAUGUUCUUGGGAGGUCACAAAGUAGCACCAAACGCCACAAAGCACCUAGUUACAGAGCUGACAGACUGGAGCUGUACAGACCCGCACGUCUGCAUCGUUUACAACCUCCACAGGACCGAGAAAACCUGCAGCAGCAUGUCAUCCACUUGUCCACUACCUACAGAAGCAGGAUCCUUUUUUCUUUUUUUGUUUCUUUCCCCUUCCCUCCCUCCAGUGUUGGUACCAUUGUGUUCCUCCACAGACUCUCUGAGACUUCAGUAUUGAACAUGUCCCAAUAUUAUUAUCUUAGUCACACUUCUAGGGGCAAAAUACUUCAGGAAGGAGAAAUAAAUGACCUGUAUUCCCACAAGAUAAGUACACACUUUUCCAGCACACACCCAGACACUAAACUCAUCAGUCAGUUUGUCCCUCUGUUCCUCCAUUUAUUUUUUUUUAUUUCAUAUCCACCCUUAAACCCACAGCGACCGAUCUUGUCUUCAUACACUAAACUACUGAACCCUAUAUUCUCACACUCAACAGUAUUUACUGAGGCUAAGAGUCCCCAAUUCCCACGCAGUUACUAGAUGCUUUGUAGUACAUAGUAAAUUUUUUUUUUUUUUACAAAAAUUUUAACCUUUUGCUUUGAUUAAAGUUUUUGUUUGGCUUCUUUUUUUUUCUUUCUUUUUUUUUUUUUUUUCCUUUUGCUUUGCCAGUAUAUUAAAGUGUAAUCAUGUGCGUUGUGAUAUAGAAGUAGCUGUAGAAACCGCAUUGUUUCCUUGUGGUAAGUGAUUGAGAUGCUGCCACGGAUUUGAGACACUGAUGAAUGGUGCUAUUUUGGACUUUAAUCUGCUCCUUGGUAAGGUAGCUGAGAUGGUUUUUAUUUCAUGUCUUCACGUCUGGAGAAGGCGUUUGGUUCUUCGUCGUAUGGUUGUUGUAACUUGGUCUGGAUUGACUCCCCCCCCCCCCCCCCCCCUUCCCUCCUUCCUCCCACUGUCGUUUCUGUGCGGCUUUCUCUUUGGAUUUAAAAAAAAAAAAAAAAAAAGGAUGCACACAAAGUCCACGAAGAACAUUUUUAUUCUCCGAGGAGAUCUCUUUCAACACACUGAUCGCAAAAACAAACAAACAAACAAAAAAAAACAGCGGGAGCAACCACAAAACUGCAAUUAUUAAUGUUUUCCCUUUAAGGUCAAGAGCUGAUGUGAUUGAUUAGUCGCACUUACUGGCACUAGAUAAUUUGGCAGCGGUAAAAUAGCAUACCAUCUGUGAGCGGUUUCUCCUCGUCUAGGAACGUAUUUAGCACUUAAAGAAUGCAAAAACGAUGGAUCUUUGGCCAGAGGGUUGUUUUCUUUUGAGAUGUCUUUCGCUUAACGUGUAAAUAUAUGUCCACCCAGGAAACGGCACCGUUUGAAAGCCUUUCCUGUAGGACAACUCAGAAAUCAUACCUUUCUGGGAAAUUGUCCAUGGAUAGGUUGGUUCAAGGCUACCAAUCAGCUGCAUCGUCUCCACCAGCUGCUAAUCAGAAGAUGCUUCUAGCAGCCACAACCCUCACAUCUCUCAGAUCAUACUGAAAAUGUAGCACUGAUGAAUUAGUGUUCAAUUUUUCCUUUUCUUUAAGCGAACGGUUUUGUGUAUGACUUGUAGGUCGCCUCAAAGAUGGAAACCAAAAAGCUUUAUAUUUAGUUUUGGGGGUAAUUCAGUAGCAAAGUGUCGUCCUUCAGUAUUUGCAGUUUUGUCUUUGCUUCCAGUUUAACGUUUACUUUUGAACGAUCCCGAUUCAACGACCAACUUGAAAGCCCACUUUAGUUUCUUUGUCUACCCCCUUUUUUUUGUUUGUUUUUUUUUCUUUUUCUUUCUCCUCCACUAUAGUGGGAACCUCUUCCCAGCUUGCUCUAGAUCUUCCGUAGUGCAUCAGCUGCAUGCUUUCCGCUUUGAUUUGUUUUCAUCUUCAUCUUGACUGUUUGUGUUUUCUCUCAUAGGCUAGGUAUUCUAGCUCCUGUAAAUAGCAUCAGUUAGGUAGGGUCUGCUGUAUUAUGUUGAAAUACUAUAAUUAUUGGUGUAAAAAGACAAAAAAAAAAGUCGGCUCGUGAUCAAUAACGAAGCUCUCUGUAUUGUACGAGUAAUUUUGACGAUUUAAGCAGUAGUUCAAUAAACAUGCAAGCUCUCGA